AUGUCGUCCACAGCAUCUAACCCAGACAAAGAAAUAGACGCGCGCUCCACAUCCGCGCUCGCAUCCACCCGACGCAAUCUACGCUACCUAUACGACCCCAAAACCGCCCCCAAUGCUGUUUCAUCGCGGCGCACACGCGCGCUGCUACGGGUCCUAAGAUCAAGCAUAAUUUUUGUUUUCUGGCGAAUAGUACGGUAUGCCAAGUACGUUGCAAUCGGUUCUCUAGUAGCAACGGUGGGCGCAGGGGCUUUUGGCACAUUUGUUAGUGGUGCGGGUUUUGUGCUUGCGCCUACGGGGAUUGCGGGCACAAUUUUUGCGGCGACGGUGUGGGGGAUAGGUCGAUAUGCGAUUGGAAAAGUGAAGAAGAGAUGGGGGAUGGGCAGUGGUUAUGAGGAUGAGGAAGAAGAGGAGUUGCGGGAGAUGAGGAGGAAGAGGACGGCCGCGAGAAUGGAAUAUGGCGCGGAUGCUAUGCCUUGGUGA